GGGACGCAUGAUCUUGUUCGUCAGCAGCAGCAGCAGCAGCAGCAGCAGCACGGGAGCGGUGGCGCGAAGCAGCUGCAGCAAGGCUCGUCUAGGCAGCCGCAGCAGCAGCAGCAACAGCAACAGCAGCAGCAGCAACAGAGGCAGAAGCAGCAGCGGAGACGCGCAGAUGAUGCAGAGACGCAGGAGACACUUACAUCAAUUGCAGCAAACGUUUCUCUUGCUCUCGAAGCAGCAGCACGCCUAAACAAGAUAUACGCAGCGCAGCAGCAGCAGCAGCCUGUUGAAGCGAGUUCGCUCGCAGCAGCAGCAACAGCAACAGCAACCGCAGCAGGAGCAGCAGCUGCAACAGCAGCAGAACGACAGUGUCCUGCAGCAAGCGCCGCAGCAGAAGGAGCUGCCCAGGGGUGUCUGCGCACCUUAUGCAGCUGCCGCUUCUACUGGGAGGCAGCAGGAGCUCGCUCACAAGCAUUGCGCAGUCAUAGCUAG